AUGGGAAAUGGAGUCACCACUUUGACCGGUUGCUGUACAGGAUCCGUCGCCAGAGAAUUUUCCCGGCGUUACGACGUAUCUCUGGUUCACGACGGACUUGGCCAUUCCUUCUGCUACGUACGGCCGAGUCUCACCGGAGUAGUAUUACCAUCUUCUACGCCGGAGAUUCCUCUCCGAUCAGAAACUAUCCCAGAAACCACCACAACUUUCCGUUCAAUAUCCGGCGCAUCGGUCAGCGCCAAUCCGUCAACGGCGCUUUCGGGAGCUCUGCCGUCGGAAGACGACUGUCCGUACAGCUCCUCCUCCGCAUUCGAGAGCUCCGGUAAUUUCGCCUCACUCCCUCUCAAACCUGUGCCGCGUGGCGCCACGUGGCAAUCGGGUCCGAUUGUUAACGAGCCGGAUCACGGGUCAGCUCCGUUUGAGCGGCGAUUCUUAUCGGGUCCGAUAGAAAGCGGGUUGUAUUCGGGUCCUAUUGAUACGACGACGAAGAAGAUCGACGAAGAGAAACCGAAGAAGACGAUCAAAAGCAUAUCAUCACUGAAAAAACCCAAAUCGAAGAAGAAUUUUCUCACAUUUAAAACUCUGUUCACGAAUCUAAUCUCCAACAACAAACCUCGCUCGAAGAAAAGCGUGAUCGAGCCUAUCAACGGUUCUGAUUCAUCAGAUUCCGAUCAUCCUCAUCAACAACUUGAGAUCACUUCCUCAAAAAGCGAUGGAAACCCUAACUCUAACGAACUAGAAUCCAAAGGAGAAGACGAAGAACAGAGCAUCGACUCUGUUUCGGAUGUUCAAUGGGCCCAGGGGAAAGCAGGGGAAGAUCGCGUACACGUGGUCGUCUCUGAAGAGAACGGAUGGGUCUUUGUCGGAAUCUACGACGGAUUCAGCGGUCCAGAUGCGCCGGAUUAUCUCCUCAACAAUCUAUACAUCGCCGUGCAACAAGAACUUAAUGGAUUACUCUCUAAUGAAGAAAAGCUCGAAAAUUCAGAUUCGGGCAAAGAGAAUUGUCCAGUGACGAGAAACAGUGAAGACGCGGUUGCUUCCGUCGCAAGAAACCAAGCGAAGAGUGUGAAAUGGAGAUGUGAAUGGGAGAGUAAUAGUUCGAUAAACAAGACCAAAUGUGAUAGUCAUUGCGAUCACAGAGGAUCAAAUUCGACAACAACAAAUCAUAGAGAUGUUCUUAAAGCUCUUUUACAGGCUUUGAGGAAAACGGAAGAUGCGUAUCUAGAGCUAGCUGAUCUGAUGGUUAAGGAGAAUCCGGAAUUAGCAUUGAUGGGAUCUUGCGUUCUUGUGACGUUGAUGAAAGGAGAAGAUGUUUACGUGAUGAAUGUUGGAGAUAGUCGAGCGGUUUUAGCCCGGAAACCUAAGAUCGCUGCCGGGAGAAAGAGGCAAAAGGAGUUGGAGAGAAUCAGAGAAGAUAGUUCGUUAGAAGAUAAAGAAAUGUUUAUGAAUGGAUCAAUGCGUAAUAGUUUGGUUCCUCUACAGCUUAACAUGGAACAUAGCACAAGAAUCGAAGAGGAAGUGCGAAGAAUCAAAAAGGAACAUCCUGAAGAUGAUUGUGCAAUAGAGAAUGAUAGAGUAAAAGGUUAUCUUAAGGUCACUCGUGCAUUUGGAGCUGGAUUUCUCAAACAGCCUAAAUGGAACGAUGCACUCUUAGAGAUGUUCAGGAUCGAUUACAUCGGGACAUCACCAUACAUCACAUGCUCUCCAUCACUAUGCCAUCACAAGCUAACGGCACGUGACAAAUUCCUAAUCCUCUCUUCGGAUGGAUUGUAUGAAUAUUUCUCUAACCAAGAAGCCAUUUUCGAGGUUGAAUCUUUCAUCUCUACUUUUCCUGAAGGCGAUCCAGCUCAGCAUUUAAUCCAAGAAGUGCUCCUACGUGCUGCCAACAAAUUUGGUAUGGACUUUCAUGAGCUGUUGGAGAUACCUCAAGGAGAUCGUCGGAGGUAUCAUGAUGACAUCUCUGUGAUAGUGAUCUCACUUGAAGGAAGAAUAUGGAGAUCCUCGAUGUGA